CUCGGCGCCGGUCCUUUGGGCCGCGCCGGAGGAGCCCCGGCGGCACCAGACCCGGCGGGAAUGCAUUGACCUGGUCCCUGGCCCCUGGAGGCUGAGCCAGGCAGGCAGGCACCCUGCCCCAGGGAGCAGCCGCCAACUCCUGCUGAGCCAGCCCUGCGCCCAGGCCGGGACAGGCUGACUGUACUCCAGUGGGGAAAUGGCGUCCGGGCAAGGCCCCGGUCCUCCCAAGCAGGGCUGCGAAGACCGGACCUCAGCCUCCACUUCUGAAGAGCAAGUCGCCCAGGAGACGGAGGAAGUUUUCCAAAGUUACGUGUUUUACCGCCACCAGCAGGAGCAAGAGGCCGAAGGGGCGGGCGCACCGGCCGACCCAGAGAUGGUCUCCUUGCCCCUGGAGCCUAGCAGUGUCAUGGGGCAGGUGGGGCGGCAACUUGCCAUCAUCGGGGACGACAUCAACCAGCGCUACGACGCCGAGUUCCAGGCAAUGCUGCAGCACCUGCAGCCCACGGCCGAGAACGCCUACCAGUACUUUAUCAAGAUCGCCUCCAGCCUGUUUGAGAGCGGCAUCAACUGGGGCCGUGUGGUGGCUCUCCUGGGCUUUGGCUAUCGCCUGGCGCUGCACGUCUACCAGCACGGCCUAACCGGCUUCCUGGGCCAGGUGACCCGCUUCGUGGUGGACUUCAUGCUGAACCACUACAUCGCCCGGUGGAUCGCACAGCGGGGCGGCUGGGUGGCAGCCCUGGACCUAGGCAACGGCCCCAUCCGGAACGUGCUGAUCGUUCUGGCUGUGGUGCUGCUGGGCCAGUAUGUGGUACGGAAAUUCUGGGGUCCCAGCUGAGACUCCUGCCUGGACUGCAAGCCUUCUUCCCUCCCCCUGCCCGCCCGCCUGCCCCUUCUCCUCCCCCUGCAGGGCUCACUCUCUAAGAGUACCAUAGCUUUGGUGCGUGAACACUCCAGCUGGGGUUGUGGGGGGCCAGCCAAGCUUCAGGAAUCCCCAAGACUGCAUGGUGCUAGUGGGGCCCCCUCUCUGGGUCCCAUCCUGUCAGAGUGAGCCAGCACCUCCUCCCACAGUUCUCGGGGAUCCUGAAUGCUGGGGAGGGUCGGGGGGCGGCUGGUGUCCUGGAGAGUCAAAAGGUUGGGAGACACGUUUUUAAAUUGUUUUACUUUCUUAGGAAAAAAAAAAAUGCCUUUGGGAGAUACCAUCCCCACACCACCCCCUAACCCCCGACCAUUCCUACCACUGUUCCAGGCCAGAGCAGCUGGGGAGUGGGAGCCAGCAGGCCUGCCCCGUGUCCCCAAGAGUCAUCUUGAUUGCUGGGGUGAUAUCUCAGGCCUGGCCCUCCCUACACACCACAGCCCUGAGUCUGGGGUCGAAUUCAGUGCUCUCCCCCACCCCCAUCCCGUACUGCCCUUUUGGUUAGACUCUCAGGGAUUCUGGGCCUGGGGUGGGCUGGGCUGAGGCAAUGGUGCAGACAAGAGCUGUCUAACUCUCUAUCAGGACCUUCCAAGCCCUGCCUCCCGAGGGGGUCUAUCUCCCCCACCCCUCGCCUGAUAAAUGCCUGCUCCCACCCUAUUCACUACCAGUAAAGGCCGAGGAGGCCCCUCCUGCCUCUGCAGGCUAGGAAGGCAGGGGCCCGUGUUCAGGACAGGGGUGCAGUGCUGGCGGGAAAUGGGCAGGGAGCUCAUCUUGAGGUUUCUCAGUGGGACAAGGGCUAGAACUGACACAGAGCCCCAGAGUGGGCCCCUCUCCCGCAAGGCCGGGGCACAGUGUAAUGUGGGGGUGGGGGUGGAGGGUGGACUGUGAAUACUUGAACCCUACCCCCAACCCCCACCCCACUCCUCCUCUCCUGCCUCAGCUGCUGCUGGGGGUGGGAGAAUGCCCUGUCUGCCCAGACAACGGAGGACUGAGAAGUCCUUAGUUAAACCAAAUGUAUGGGGGGGUAGGGGUUCGAAAGGGGGGUGGUGUUGAUAGAACUCCCUCACCCUCUGUGUUUGAAAAUAAACUGUGCAAUCCCUCC